UUGUAUUGCUCUUGUUUGCAGCUAAGUUAAAAUGCUACAAUCAAAUCGGGUAUUGCAAAAAGAGCAGACUGAUUUAUAUGCUAUAGAGAAGAAGCUUGUUAAGGUGUUGCCUGCUAUUCAGGAAGCAUUGAAUUCUCUUAAGGUCGAGGAGCUGCAUUUGAAAUCGCAUUCAGUCCAUCAAGUGAUGACCAUGGAACCAUCAAAUGUGGAUGUGCGUAGUGAAGUCUCUGGCCAAAGCGUUGUUACGCCGAACGAGCACAUAAACCGCCAAGAAAUCGACUUGCAAUUAUUCAGAAGCGACUUGCAAAACUUCGACGUAGAAAACGAUUCAGACUGAUCAAAAUUACAGCUGAUCAGUUAUUUAUUGGUACAAAUUUAGCUAAUGUAAAAGAUUUUCCA